UUAAUACGUUAUUGAUGGACACAUGUAAGCAAAUGUUGACAUAAAUACAAUAUAUUAAUAGUGUUUGAAUUGAUUUGAAUGAUAGGUGUAAUCAAUGGCUCGAUAUUUUAGCGGUGAAGACAUCGAUGAGUUCAGAGAUUGUUUUUAUCUGAUGACUCACUCGAACGGAACAAUCAAUACCAUUGAUGAACUCAAGACAAUCAUGAGAUCACUGGCAAUGAGUCCAACACUGCCUGAACUCAAACAAUACUUUCAAUCAAAAGGCGGAAAGUUAUCAUUUGCUGACUUUCUGGAUGUAAUGCACACCCAUUCCGUCAAAGAGAAAGUCAUUCAAGAAGUUAUGGAUGCGUUCAGAGCGUCGGAUGGCAACAGAAACGGAACAAUCAAUGGCCGACAUAUAAGACAUUAUCUCAUGGAUUGCGGCGAAACUAUUGACGAGAAGUUGUUUGAUGCGGUCCUCAGAGAGGCCAACAUUAAUCCAUCGAUCAAUGCAAACAUCAAAUAUGAAGACUUGGUUCGCAUUAUAUGUUCACCGAUUCCCGACUAUUGACCAUUUAUUUGAUGACAUUUACUAUUUGUAUCAUAUUUUUACAAAUUUGACAAAUUUUUACAUCUAUUACCAUAUUUUGUUUCAAUUGUAGUAUUUAUAUAAUAAUUAUUUACUUAAUUGUGAUAAUCAGGACAUCG